UUCGCCGGGACAAGUCUCGAGUGGUGCCCGAGCAAAGUGCCGUGCCCAGCAAGGCGCUGCAGCUGCGCACCGAGUGCCGGCCUUUCUACGCUGGAUUCCGCGUCAUUGGCCGCGCACAGCGGCUUCUCGGCUGCUGCUUCUUGGAGAACCUCGCGUCCACCGACCCACAACGCGUAAGGGCAAAGAGAGCCAGCCUGUACCUGCUGUACCCGCUGUGCAUAUGGUGCUACCAUUUGGGAAUCGGUCUGGCCCUGUUUGUGGACUCGGAGCGGCACAAGCACGCCAUGAAGGACACGGACCGGCUGAACAAGACCAUCUUCAUCACCUUCAUGGCGGCGCUGCACGUGGAGGCGGUGCUGAACAACGCACUCCUAUUCGUCCAGGCGCCCAAGUUUGUCGAGCUCUUGCGUAUAUGCGCUCGCAUCGAGGUGCACACUGCUGUGCCCCCCUAUGUGCAGCGUAAGACGGUGCGCUUUGCGUGGGCUAUGGUCAGUGUUCCAGGUGACGAUCAUCGUCCUGAACGUGGCCCUAAACAUCCACUCGCAUUUUGGCACGGUGCUGCUGAUUGAAGAAGGGCGCCAACUGAACCCACUCCUCAUGAACCUGGUCAUCAGCAACGGCUUCCUGGGCGCCAUGUACCUGACGUCCAUGUGCCUCAGCAUUCGGCUGCUACUCAUGUACAUCUCCAGGGCCCUUGCGCUCUACCUGGGAUGCAUACACAGAAACCUGGACCAGUGCUUGCGCUCCAGGAGCACUCCGGAAAGCAGAAAAGUGCUCCUGGUGGAUCACAUGCGUGUCCAGCUGGCGCUGCUGAAAAAUUGCGUCGACCUUGCCAGCUCGCUACUGGGUCCAAGCCUGCUGUACGCGUACGCCUACAGUGUGGCCAUUUGUGCGCGGCCGCUUACUACACGAUCAUUCCGGAGCUGGAGUUCAGAGUGCGCCUCUUCUUCUUCUUCUUCGGGUCGCUGCACUGGCUCAGUGUACUGCUGCCCACCAUCACAACGCAUCGCAUGAAGGCCGCUGUGAUCGAGUUGCGAAGCGCAGUGCAAGGAGUGUCUAUGGCAAAUUACUCUGAUGACCUUUUAGCCCAGCUGCGAAUGAUGCUAAACAGCAUGAAGCAUGACGACCUCAGGUUCACGGGCUGCGGAUUCUUUGUGGUUGACCUAUCGACAUUCGCUGACAUCAUGGGAGCUGUCAUCACGUACACUGUCGUGUUGGUCCAAACGAAUGAAAGCUACCUCCGGGGUUCCCUGGAGCACUGCACUAACCACUCUGCCGCGUAAGCAUUCGCGAUCUUUUCAAACAACAUUGUGUGCUGCUCUUCAAAUACGAUUGUUGAAUUAGCACAAAUCUUACGAUGACUGGAUGCAUUGUUAAUUUUAUGAAAUAUUUUUGUUAUUAUUAACGUGCACUGUAGAGUGUUUCUAAAUGAGUUUACCUCCAAUUUUCACUGUAACCCGUUUACUCAAUGCUUUCGGGCCUGUAUGGUAAUUUUAAAUGAAUAAAUAAAUAUGAACAAAACAAUUAAAA